UACAUUCUCAUCCCAAAGGCAUUGGUGUAAAAACAUUAUACAUAUAUAUACAAAGAGCUGUUCUAUAUACUCUGCAGGCUAGGGUCAUCCAGAGACAAGUCCAUGGACAGCUCAUUUGGCUUCAUUUCUACCAUGAUUCUAGGUCUGGUUUUGGCAUUGUGGACAGUGGCUCCACAAGCCGAAGCCCAAGCCCGGGCUUUCUUCGUGUUCGGAGACUCACUCGUCGACAAUGGCAACAACAACUAUCUCCUCACCAGUGCCAGAGCCGACUCUCCUCCAUAUGGCAUUGACUACCCUACUCACCAUCCCACCGGACGCUUCUCUAAUGGCCUUAACAUACCGGACAUUAUCAGUGAGGAAAUGGGCACUGAACCAACAUUGCCAUACUUGAGUCCAGAGCUCACAGGACAGAGACUACUUGUUGGUGCCAACUUUGCAUCUGCUGGGAUAGGGAUCCUCAAUGACACCGGAAUUCAGUUUCUGAAUAUAAUCCGAAUUGGAAAACAAUUGGAGUAUUUUGAACAGUACCAGCAGCGGGUGAGUGGACUCAUCGGAUCCGAUCAGACUCAGAGACUCGUAAAUGAUGGUCUUGUCCUCAUAACCCUAGGCGGGAAUGACUUCGUUAACAACUAUUACUUGAUUCCUUUCUCUGCAAGAUCGCGCCAAUUCGCGCUUCCUGAUUAUGUUACUUAUCUCAUUUCUGAGUAUCGAAAAAUUCUAAUGAGGUUAUAUGAUUUGGGAGCUAGAAGGGUUCUGGUGACCGGAACCGGACCAAUGGGUUGUGUCCCGGCAGAGUUAGCACUGCGGAGCAGAACAGGUGAAUGUGCAGUGGAUCUGCAGCGUGCCGCGGCAUUGUUCAACCCACAACUUGUUGAGAUGAUAAAUGGACUCAACGGUGAACUUGGAAGUGAUAUCUUUGUUGCUGCUAAUACAAUGGCAACGCAUUUGGAUUUCAUUUCUGAUCCUCAAGCUUAUGGGUUUGUUACGUCGAAGGUAGCAUGUUGUGGCCAAGGACCUUACAAUGGGCUCGGACUUUGCACGCCGCUGUCAAACCUGUGCCCAAACAGGGAUUUGUACGCGUUUUGGGAUGCAUUCCAUCCAUCUGAAAGGGCAAACAGACUGAUUGUGCAGCAGAUCAUGAUCGGCUCGACCGAGUACAUGCACCCCAUGAACCUCAGCACCAUCCUGGCCUUGGAUUCCAGGACCUAAUUUACACUCUUUAUUCUAUAGUAAUUAAUUAAUUAAUGUUCAAUAUCCUGGGUGUUUUGAUAUCUUAAAUUCAUGCUGUUUAAUUUGUUUCUAUGAAUGUGGUGAAACUAUAUAUAUAUUAGAGAGUGUUUUUAUAUCUUAAA